AUGGUUCCUGGAGCCCAGCUGCCCAGCCUGCCUAGUUCUGUGAUCAAAAGAGAUAAUGUGGUGCAGCUUGAUGUGGAUGCAGAACGCGAUCACGUUAUAGGACCUGCUACGUCUCGUUCUACUGACACUAAGGACCCUCUGUAUGUUGGUGGUGUUUCAGAUGCUGUGCAGACCCCUCACCUCCCAGUCCGUACUCCGUUUAUUGGCUGCAUGCAGAGCGUGGUGAUUAAUGAGAAGCCGGUGACAUUCAGCAAAGCAGCAGAGGUCUACGGUGCUGUCAGCUUGACCAGAUGCCCCACAAUGUAAAUUCCUACCCCAACAUUCAAAAGAACCUCCACAUUCCUGCACUUCAUUUUAACGGAUCCACUGUCGGAAUGCAGAAUUAUUAAUUUAUUGUAACUUGGACUCGCGAUUUUCCUCUUUCUUGCCUUGUUUAUGUUGUGUUCUCUGAGCCAAUGGUUCCUGGAGCCCAGCUGCCCAGCCUGCCUAGUUCUGGUGGGUUUUUGGGAUCACAUCGAUUCGCCUUGUGAAGGAAAUCGAUCUGGGCUCCGCUCAGAAACUGUGUUUUUUCUAAGUGUUAGGGGUUUCCCCAGGAACCUUUAAGGGAUUGAUGACUCACUCUGCCUUCCCCCACCUCCGCAACAUUGCCCGGCUCCACCACUGCCUCACCCCUCAGACUGCCGAAACCCUCAUCCAUGCAUUCAUCACAUCUAGGUUCGACUAUGUCAACUCUCUGCUUGUCGACCUUCCCAACUCUUCCCUCUACAAGCU